AUGGCAGCUCCAUACAGCCCCCUGACCACUCAUGUCCUGAACACCGGGAUUGGAGUCCCCGGAGCCCACAUGGCCCUCAGCCUGCCUCGCCUGGAUCCCUCCACUUCACUCUGGAACCUUCUCACCACAGGGACUACUAAUGAUGAUGGGCGUUGCCCAGGACUCAUCACCAGAGAAGCUUUCACUCCAGCGGUGUCCAAGAUGCGCUUUGAGACGGGCCGAGUCCGGGAGAGUCUGGGAGAGACCUCUUUCUACCCAUAUGUCGAGAUAGGCUUCACCAUAACGGACCACAGUCAGAAGUUCCAUGUUCCUCUGCUCUGCAGCCGCUUCUCCUACAGUACCUACCGGGGGAGCUAGAGAGUCUGUCACUCAUCCCCUCUCACCUGGGCCACGUUCAGUUGCCAAACGUUGUCUAAUCUCGGUUAACCCGGAACUAAAGUCUUGCGUAAUUGUCAGAUGUUCGAUUAAGUUCCGGGUCCAUAUGUGUUAAGGGAAGAGAUCGGAACCGGAACGAAGAGCUCCACCCUUCUCUCUUUGCAAGUUACGGGCAAGUCUAUGGUUCAAAUGCCCCCCCUUCCCCCAUUUCCCUCCUCCUAACCACCCCCCUCCUCCUAACCCCUCCCUCCCUCCUAACCCCUCCCUCCUCCUAACCCCUCUCUCCCUCCUAACCCCUCCCUCCUCCUAACCCCUCCCUCCUCCUAACCCCUCUCUCCCUCCUAACCCCUCCCUCCUCCUAUCCCUCCCCUCCCACCUAACCCCUCCCUCCUCCUAACCCCUCCCUCCUCCUAUCCCUCCCUCCCACCUAACCCCUCCCUCCUCCUAACCCCUCCCUCCUCCUAACCCCUUCCACCUCCUAACACCUCCCUCCUCCCAACCCCUCCCUCCUCCUCACCCCUCCCUCCUCCUAACUCCUCCCUCCUCCUAACCCCUCCCUCCUCCUAACUCCUUCCUUCUCCUAACCCCCUCCCUCCCUCCUAACCCCUCCCUCCUCCUAACACCUCGCUCCUCCUAACCCUUUCCCUCCCUCCUCCUAACCCCUCCCUCCCUCCUAACCCCUCCCUCUUCCUAACCCCUCCCUCCCUCCUAACCCCUCCCUCCUCCUAACCCCUCCCUCCCACCUAACCCCUCCCUCCCUCCUAACCCCUCCCUCCCUCCUAACCGCUCCCUCCUCCUAACCCCUACCCCUCCCCUAACCCCUCCCUCCUCCUAUCCCUCCCUCCCUCCUAACCCCUUCCCUCCCUCCUCCUAACUCCUUCCUUCUCCUAACCCCCUCCCUCCCUCCUAACCCCUCCCUCCUCCUAACCACCUCGCUCCUCCUAACCCCCUCCCUCCCUCCUCCUAACCCCUCCCUCCCUCCUAACCCCUCCCUCCUCCUAACACCUCCCUCCUCCUCACCCCUCCUCCUCCUAACCCCUCCCUCCUCCUAACCCCUCCCUCCCUCCUAACCCCUCCCUCCUCCUAACCCCUCCCUCCUAACCCCUCCCUCCUAACCCCUCCCUCCUCCUAACCCCUCCCUCCCUCCUAACCCCUCCCUCCUCCUAACCCCUCCCUCCCUCCCUCCUAACACCCUCCCUCCCUCCUAACCCCUCCCUCCUCCUAACCCCUCCCUCCCUCCUCCUAACCCCUCCCUCCCUCCUCCUAACCCCUCCCUCCUCCUAACCCCCUCCCUCCUCCUCCUAACCCCUCCCUCCCUCCUAACCCCUCCCUCCUCCUAACCCCUCCCUCCUCCUAUCCCUCCCUCCCACCUAACACAGCAGCCACAUGUUCGGCCCACCUUUUUUCCAGGCAGGCACCCGGGUCUUUAGGACUUUUUCGGCUCACAUGUGGCUAAAUGGUAACAUUAUGUAAGGCUUUAUGUAAUCUGCCCCAGAGCUCAGCAACAGCACAGUGAAUGAUAGCCUCUUCCUGGAGCUUAGCAGAGCAGCUGCCAUCAGCUUCACAUGGCCCUGGCUGUCUGUAGUACCAUAUCUCACCACUAAGUGGCAGCACCAUCCUUAG